AUGAUGCCCUGCUAUGUGCAUUAUGUCUGCAAUAUGGUCGACGAAAGCUUGGCACUUUUUGACUGGAAGCAGCGUGAAGAAGAAUGCUCCAGCAAAGUCAAUCGAGAGCUGGUCAAGAGAAAUCAGCCGUCGUCUUCUGGUAGGUUCGUCCUUGCAAUCCUUUCGCCAAACACUUUCAUUCGAAAUGGAAAUGAGCUCAGCAACUGUAUCGGCUUAUCCUUAAUUGUGAACAAGUGA